AUGCUUCAGAAUGAAAACGAGAAGGACAAACCACCGCAGGCGCCAAAGGCUGAGCCUGAGCCGGACUCCCCUGAAGAUGAUCCGAAAAAGCAACAGCCUGCUCCCCCAGCUGCUGAGGGAGAGGAUGCGGAUGGAGGGUCUCACUUCCCCCUGCCUGUUCAUCCCAAACUGGAUAUAAAGCGCAAUGCAGUGACGGACGAUUAUAAAAUCUCCACACAGGUCCUGGGUUUAGGGAUCAAUGGCAAAGUCCUUCAAUGCUUCAACAAGAAGACAGGACAGAAGUGCGCACUGAAGGUACCAAAGUUUCCCAAAACCGUGUUUUAAAUAUGGAAGAAAGUGGUAGACACUUCAAGUUCACAAACCUCCUCAGUUCAGUGUGUAUGUUCUUUAUCUGUAAAACUUUAUUCUUAAAGUAUCUCGUCCUUUAUUUUAUUAUCAGACCUUACUGUGAUGUUAAGUCUUUGGAGGUGUUUGAGUGUGUGUAACACUAAAUGUGUGUUGUCACGUCCUGAUAAUAGGCUGCUGGAUAUUGUGUUUACAGUGUUUUGGUAGUGACUCUACAAAUCCGGUCAAGAUAAAGCCUUAUAGUUAUCCCUGAAAUAACAAGUCUCAGUCAAAUGUCAGAACAAAUGUUCAUGUCUGUCUUUUUCCUAUAGUUAGUGUUGUCUUGGUGUACCAUAGUUAGUCCUUGAGCCAAACACCUUAGAGUAAGGCAGUUCACUCUCAGGUUUGUUGCCAGGACUCAGAAACUUUGACCUUUAUUGAGGUCAGACUUGUGUAACAGACAGGCAGGACUCAGGCCAACACUGAGGCUUGUAAAAGAGUCUGUAACUGGUGUGGAUGCAUGUCAUGUAGUACAUGUUUCCCUCUGAGCUCACAUGCUCUACAUGUAUGACGCUUGAGUGUGAUCAUGGUGCUGUGUUUCAUGGAAACUCUGGAUCAAAUGAAAGGAGUGAGUCGCAGUCACACUCCAGCUAUGAGACUCUGCUUCAUAGAAGGAACAUAAAUUCUGAUGGGUAUUCUGCAUGCUGGAAAGUUGGACAUGCCUUCAUCCAUGUCUGCGUGCACACAAGCCCGAGUCAAGGGCAGUCACCUGUCACCACAGUGCUACACAGACUCAGAGAGAUUUACAGGUUUACGGUAAUCUAUCUGCAUCUAAGCUGCCUAACCAGGCAGCUGCAGCGUCACAUGCAGAGCCGAAGGCCCGGCUCUGUGAUAGAGGAGAGACAAAGGGAGAUAAACUGCUGCAAACAAAAGGAGAAAGGCCAAAAACGGACAGGACGCUUGAUAGCAUCAUGUCAGACCUGAAGAGACGAACAUAAUUAAUGCUUUGAAACAGCAGCAGAGUCAAAGGAGGGUUGCAGAAAAUCCUUGAGGCUACUCGCUGAAAUGAAGAAGUAUAUCUGUCUGUCAGCACCGAAAGAACAAGUGGGAAAGAUGCGAGCGAGACUGAGUUCAGGGUCUGCUUGUAUGAACAGGUUGAUAUGGACUGUUUGUGGACUAUGAGAGUCAGCAAUUUGGCUUCAGAUUUUAGUAUCUCCUUGUGAAACAUAAUGACAAGUGGGGCGCCAGUUUGGUCUGGCGGUGAAAUUGUGUGCCCAAUUUACAGAGGAUAAAGUCCUCAGCAGGUGGGUCUGAUUCCAUUCUGCUUAUCACUCCCCCCACUCUCUUUCUUGGUUUCUCAAUCUGUUCUUGGUCCUGACCUCUAAAGAAAAGGGGAAUCUAUGAAUUUUCCCAUCUAAAAUCUGUCAAAAACUCCUGGUCGGUCCAUCUCAAGAAAAUACUGCUAUUUAUGAUGUCCCACAACACAGCUUUGUACUGUCUUUUUUAGAAACUGGUGUGAUACUCUGUGAGAAGGUUUUUCUGUUUUGCUGACAGCAUCUGAAACACAUUGCCUCAGCUUCAGUGGGUCAGAAUGACCUCAGCUUAAAAACAACACAAUGCCAUCACAUUUAUAAUCUUUCCUCAGGUGUAGCUCUUACUGGCAUGUGUGUUGAGCUAGACACUGGGCCUUAGAGUUCCCCUAACAGGGAUUUUAUUGUACAUCACUUCAAUUUAAGCUUAUUUAUGGCUUCCCUUGUGUUUUUUAAUCUUAAGAUAAGAGGACAUAAUGGAGAUUUCUUGAAGUGGAGGGUGAGGGGGUGGGGGGGGACUUGAGCAGCUCACUAGCUUUUUAAUUAAGUGUUGCUCUGAACGCUAAACGUAAUGGAUGGGAAUAGGUUUAAUCCACUUUGCAGCAGAGCUGGAGGGGAGCCAUCCUCUCAAUGUAAUGCACUUAUAGUUAUCAGGAUUCUUUUAAUGUGUCUGACUCUUGGGAGGAGAGAGACCUGGGGGAGCCCUGGCGUGUCCUAAGGUCCACUUCACCACCAAAAAUGCACAGAAGAGACACAUUUGUCCAUCGAUGUAUGAUUAUUGUUGUUGUCUGAACAUCUUUGAGCUCUGUGCAAAGUCAACACCGACGUUUUUCAAGUUCAUAGUGACACUUUAGAGUUUCCCCUGCACAGAGAUCAAACUGCCACAAGAUUUCUCAAUGAGUUAGACAGAUAUUGCUGAUAAAAACGACUCGCAUCAUUUCCUGGCUCACUGCGGGCAGUCAGUGCUGUCAAAUCUGUUUUACAGUUCUGGACUUGUACAACUCAUUUGACUCUCAGGGAUCAGCUGCUUGUUGUUCACUUUAAGCUCAUCCUGUGCAAUAUGGUCGAAGGUUUUAUCUGGUUGUUUAAAAUUAACACUGUUGGAGGUCCAGAAUAGUUGAGGGUCUUUCAGCUGCAAACUGUAAUUCCUAAACCUAGGUCUUUGGGUACUAAGGCCCUUACACAUGUAGUGACCCCCUGCAAGACUUCCAUGUAGGGCUGGGAAAUAUGGGAAAAAAUGUAUCACUGUAUAUUUUUUUAUGUCAGUCGAUAUUGAUCAUGAUACUAGAAAAAUCACUUGUCAAUCUUAAAUGUUCCCAGUUACUCUUGAAUGAAAUUUAACAGUGCUUAUUGGUAGCAUGUGUUUUGCAAUUCAAUAAGCUGCUGCAUCUGUGAGGUCUUUGUGUCUCUUUGACGUUUUGUCGUAAGGCGUUGCGCGAGAGAAAGUGGACUGAAUGGUCGGUUGUUUUGGCUGCACAGGCACCAUGGGUUUGUAAACUUCAGGUGAUGAAAAGAUUUGAGGUAUUCCCCGACUUUGAGAGAACAUAUACUCGACAUAAUUAGCAGUGUACAUUACUCUGUUUCAUGUCUGACCUCAAAAAACAAAAUACCUCCACACCACCAACGUUUUCGUGCCAGUGUUGUCGACUAUGUCAUCAUCUGUUGAGCCUUCAUCUGCAUUUCUGCCGGGGAGAGCACUCAUUUCCUCUUUUAUUUCUCACCAACAGUGCUGUCGGCUUCACAUGUUUAAGUGCUAUGGUUACAUGUAGCUGCAGCCUGCUACUACGCAUUUGUUUGCUAUUUGGUUUUAAUUCAGCACAUGAUUGGUUCAGUGCGAAGCAGACUCGAAGCAACUCCCCUUUUGAUAGGCUAUUCAUAUGGUCUACUAAAACAUGGCAGAAUGCUGACUAUCGAAAAGGAUAUUGACCAUGUUUCAUAUUGAUAUCGAGGGAAAUUAGUUUUCGAUGUAUAUUGUUAGCGUUUUAUCGCCCAGCCCUACUCCCAUGCAAACUUCAGUAGCUUUGAAGGGGCUAGGAGUCGGUCCACAUCGAGGACUCAAUCCACAUUGUCCCUCUUGCAGCUGAGGUUAAAUGACAAUCCAGAGCCUCCUUUCCAGCAGCCUAACACAAAACACUUUUUCAGCACCAGCAUGUUAGCCUUGGGUUUGUUGCCAUGCAAGUGUUGGCAUCCAGUCGACAUGCCUGAUCACAGUUUGACAGAGCUGCUUGCAUCAUCGUGGAAUUUUUCUCACGCUUUAAAAAGAACGUCUUUUUUACAACACCGUAGAAGAGCUUUUAUUAAACUCUAAUGAAUUUUACAGUAAGAUAAAUAUUGAGCAGCAGUGCAGCAAUACCUCAUGAUGUGAGGCUGUUAGUAAUCAUUACACAGUUCCUGGACCACAUUAUUGUCGGCUUUGUAAACAAGACUUUAAUGGCAGAUGUUGAGAUAAAGCAGCUCUGGUGUAGACACAGAGCUGCUUAUAUUAAAAAGAGAGUAAACGUUGAAAUUGUGUGUUUGUGUGUGUGAUAGAGGGAGAGAGUGAGUUGUAAAUUUUAGGUAUGUGUGUGUGUGUGUGUGUGUGUGUGUGUGUGUGUGUGUGUGUGUGUGUGAGUGAUCUGAUUGGUCAAGAGAGGUGUAGGGUUCUUGUUUCAUGGUCCAUGGUCCAGGGUAUCAUGCUUUAAGUCUUACUGAUGUUGCCAAACAUAAGAAAGGAGUCCGACAGAAGAUUAAUUCUCCUCUCCUCUAUGUUUGGAUUUAAUCCACGCAGUCCUUUUUUAUUGCAGGUUAUUUUUGGCCAUGACAGGAAAUUAAGGGAAACAACUCCCAUGCUCUAAUUUGAGUCAUAAAGAUAUGAAUGAACACGCCAACUCAGUAGGCCCUAUGUAGUAGCUGAUUGAAAAAACAAGUUCCUCAAACCCUCAACUUCUACUUUCAACACCCCGCUUCUCUGAAACCCUCGGCUCUCACUUCCUCUUUGAAGCGAGAGAGUUUACACUUCUGCCCUUGUUUUGCUCUUGGGGCUCUGUGGAAACAUGAGGCUAUUUUCACGUCCUUCUUUUGAAUUGAUCUGAACUGGUUUAAGUGUUUUGCUAUUUUGUUGACUGUAGCUCAGUGUGUGUGUGAGUGUGUGUGUUUGUAAGUGUCUAUAGGUGUGUCUGUCAUGCGUUAGUGAGUCAGCUUGUCUGUGUGUUUUGUACGCUCGGCUCGUGUGUGACCAUGCCGGCCUUGUGAACAGCGGACCACUCCGUCAGUGUCACAUCCAAAAAUACCCAAUGACUGAAGAUGUGUGCUAUGCUGAUGUCCCCCACCUGCUCUGUGUGUGUGUGUGUGUGUGUGUGUGUGUGUGUGUGUGUUUGCAAAUGUUUAACAGCCAAUGUUAAAAACACAUCCUGUAUUGUGAUAACACUACAGCUCAGGGGCAACAUGUAUUUGCUUUAGAGCUUAAAGAUGUUUAGCAUGAAGACCAUCAAUAUUAACCUUUGCAAAGACUUAUUCUGAUGUCUGCAUCGUGGCUGUAAGCAGCAGACUAUUACUCUUCACUUAAUCAUAAGUCUGUUAAUUUUUUAAACAUGCUCAGUCUCACCAACUUUCUUGGAUUCCAAAAGUAAUAUAAUAGAGAGAAGUUAGCACUGAAUUGGAAUUGGCACUAGAAUAAAUCAUCGGAUCACUAUUUUGUGUGCGAUAACUGCCUCCCUUUGUUUCUCCCAGAUUCUCUAUGACAGCCCCAAAGCCAGACGAGAGGUGGAGCUCCACUGGAGAGUAUCAGGAGGACCAUACAUCGUUCGAAUCCUCAGCCUGUAUGAAAACAUGCAUCAUGGGAAGAAGUGCCUGCUCAUCAUUAUGGAGUGGUAAGGAUCACGUUUCACAGCUGAGCUCAGUUUACACAGCCUUACCUAACCCUAAAACAUUUUUGUUCUUAGAGUGUCGGCUUAUGUAAGUACAACAGUCAAACUGAAUCAUUCAAUUUACCUUCAAGAAAACAAUCAAGUGUAAAAAAACCAAAUCAACCAGAAAUUGAAUUUGAAUCAGGUAUAUUGUAGAUUUUAAAAAUAGUGAUUGGUCCUUCUAUUUUUGGAAUAAAGUUCAAAACUGGCAGCAGGGCUCUGUGUGAUCAAGUCCCCUUAAAAAAAGCUUGGUGUCAGUGUGCCACUUUGACAAAAUUAUUGUCUGUGAUUUUAUCUCCUUGACUCUUCAGCUAAACUCAGCAGUUGACACAAAAACAAAAGCUACAAUCUCUCCACUUGGUUUACAAAGAUAUCCACCAUACUUUUCUACACAUGCUUUGUGGUAAAUUAUCAUCUCAAGAUGUUACCCCAUGUUUUUUUCUAGCCCUUUAAUGCCUUUUGUGUCAUAUUUGAUACAUACUUUUAUGAUACUUAUAUCAAAUCAUGAUCAACAAAUUACUAAAAAAAACAUCUGAAUACAGUCGGUAAAUGAUGAAAAAUUCAGUUUCCAAAAACUAACAAAUAUAUAUAUUUGUUAAAUUUUACGGACAUGUAUGGUUUUUUGGUUGACAGUAGUAAAUGAAAUAAACAUUUGAAACAAUAAAAACAAUAAAAAAUUGAAUUUUCUGGCCAAAAUCUGUGGUUUCAGGCAUUAAAGGGCUAGAAAUAACCACACACAGAGACAUUCAUGCUUAGCCGUUAAAGCUGAAACAGUUAUUUCAGUCUGUAUCUAAUACAUAGUUCCUCCUAUACCAACAGAAAACAAACAGUAACAAACAGACCCUGGAUGCUCUUAAAAUAUAUUUCUUCCCAUAACUUUAUUUGGACACAUGAUGAGCAAACAAAAAAUCUCAUUUACAGCACUCAGCAAAAGCUAUUCUCAUCAAUUAGCUGUAAGACUUUCAGCCAAAGUGGAGCAGGGACAUGUUUAACUUAUUUAAAUGGGGUGGCCUAAGUUGGCCACCACUGCUGUGUUAGUAUGUUUGUGUGCAUCCGCUGUGAAGGAGGCUUUAGCUUUGAGUCACUGAGGCCAGAACAUGAUAACAUACUAAAUGUCAGACAUAAGACCUGACACCCACUGGAGACAAAGAGCAGAUAGGUGAUAAAGAGGAGCACAAAUCCACCUGGGUGUCACGUGUUGUAAUAAACAAAGUUAGUCCAAUGACAGAGCUCAGACAAUGUUGGCGUGUUUUAGUGCUCUAAUGUGCAUACAGGUAGUUGAUCUUUGUACUUUUUAUUGCCCUCUCUUGUCUUCUCCUCUUUGUGAGGGAAAAAAGCUGCUUUCUACUUGAGGGAAUCUUAAAGAGAAAGUAGUCAUAUGGUCAUGUAUGUAGCGACCUUGCAUGCACAUGUGUGGACAGUCUUCCUGUAUAACCCCAGGUGGGAGGAGAAAGAAAGGCAGCACAGCCGGCUGCCGUCACUUCAACAGAAAAGCACACUCAUUUUCUCCCUCUGUUAUUAUCUUUGUGUCAUGAACCACAAAAAGUACAUGCUUACUCAAUGAGCAGGAGCACAUUCAUAGGGGGAUCAUAAGGGAGAGUUUCAGACACCAGUGAUUGCAGUUUUUAUGUGAUUGUGAAGAUAGUGAGUGGGAGGCUUAAACACCUGAUUCUGACAUGAAGAGUAUCUGCACUUUGAAACAGAACUAGGGCACAGGGCACAGGUACGCUACUGUGAGAGUGAGAGUUAUAAAAAUAAUGAAAUACAGUGUCAUUUUCACUCAAACUUCAUUUAAAUUAAUUUUGCUUUCACUAUCUUGUUCGUUGUACUCUUGGUUUGACCAAAGAGACUCGUCUCAUACUCGUUCAAUCCCACUUAUAAUUUCUUCUUGUCAACUAAAAACUUUAUUUAAACCAACUUUAACCUAUUUUCACUUCCUCCAACCUAGUAGCUUAAAGCAUUCAGUGCAGCACAGAUGAGUGUCGAAAACGGAAAAUGAAAAUAAAAAAUUUGUCCAACUGCAAUGUUAAUAAUUUACUGUUUGAAAACUGUAUUUUUUUUUUACACUUUUGGAUAGUUUUAUAGCCUACGUCUGUCAGUCUACCUUGUUUCUGUUGUGGCGUUGAUGCUCGUGCACAUGCAGAUCUUUAGAAAACGUGUUUCAGUUCAAGCCUUAAUUUAUGUCGACCAGUUUUUUAAAGGAACUGCAUGAAAGCAAGAACUGAAUUUGAAAAAAAAUGUGCAUUAUGCAUUUAGUUUGGCAUUUAUACCAAUGCUCUCUCUGCAUUUGUUCUUCAGAAGGUAAAACGCAUUUUUGAAACAGAUUUUUCAGUGAAGCUUAAAGAUCAGGAAAGGUUUUUAAAAUGAUCUAUAAGCUGUUUAAAGUAAUUUUAUUUAUCAUAUAAGUGGAGUUGUGCUUUUGAAGUUUUUUUUUGUAACAAGUUUAAACUGUGUGUGUCCAGUAUGGAAGGAGGAGAGCUGUUUAACCGAAUCCAGGCCAGAGGAGACCAGGCCUUCACUGAGAAAGGUAAGGACUGAUGGAGGGGUGUACCGGAGUACAAACACAUUACAGGAUGUCAGACAGAAAGAUUGGACCAUUAUACCCAGGAAACAGCAUUAAAACGUAGCCAAUAAACUUCAGACAGGAAAGUGGAAAACAUAUUUUUUCACACCAUUUGUGUUUUGUAACUGAAGUGGGUUGAAACUGAAACUGCUUCUGGUUUGAGAGGUUUUUUUUUCCUCUUUUCUUCCCAGAGGCUUCUGAGAUCAUGAGGGACAUCGGCACGGCCAUCGACUAUCUCCAUAGAAUUAACAUCGCACACAGAGAUAUCAAGGUGCUGAACGAUUCAAGCUGGCAACACAAAUUCUUAAAAACUGAAAGAUGACAUGGAGUUUAUACUUGCAGUAUAUAUCAGUUCAAGCCCAUUGAAGAAAAUGUCCAUUUUUGUUGUUCCUGUGUUUCAUUUUUAGCCAGAGAACCUGCUGUACACAAAUAAAGAAAGAAAUGGGGUCCUCAAGUUGACUGACUUUGGUUUUGCUAAGGAGACCACACUUCACAACCCUCUACAGACGCCCUGUUAUACACCCUACUAUGUGGGUAAGUUGCUGUUUGUUGUUCAUCUUAUUUAACAAGAAUCUGACCCAUUAGUCAUGAAAAAAUCCCUUUACCAAAGCCUUUUUCAUCCAUCAUUGAUCCUCAUUCCUGGUUUGUAUCUUUUUCCAUGUGUUUGUGUUGUAAUUAAAGCUCCUGAAGUUUUGGGUCCAGAGAAAUACGACAAAUCAUGUGACAUGUGGUCACUGGGCGUCAUCAUGUACAUCCUGUGAGUACCGUACGGAGGAGGAAGCGGGGUUGCCAUGGAUUUAGCUAGAAAUGAUAUUCUGUGAUCAUAUCACUUGAUAGACAAGCCACAGUGGUUGAUUCUUGUCAUGGUUGUCUCUGCAGGUUGUGCGGUUUCCCUCCUUUUUACUCCAACACAGGCCAGGCCAUCUCUCCUGGGAUGAAGAGGAGGAUCAGGAUGGGCCAGUAUGAAUUCCCCAACCCAGAGUGGGCUGAGGUGUCAGAGGAAGGUGAGAAUACCACUCCAAACAUAGAAAAUGCUUACUGCUCAUUUUCACCUUCUUUAGAGCAGACACAUUUCCAGGCUGUCUGACAACAACACAACCUGCGGCUACUGAAUAUAAACCAGUAUUCCUGUGUGUGAAUGUGUGGAAGUUGGAAAACAAUCAACUAAUCCUCCAUUCCAGUCAAGAUAUGGGCCAAAAUAUCUUCAGUUUAACUCCAUACCAACUAUUAUUCAACUGUGUUGUCUAGUGAACAGCAGAGUAAACUUUUAGGAAUUGUCCCAAGAGUGCUUGUUGUUCGGACGUCAUACUUUUUUCCUCUCUCUGUGAAUGGCCUCUUGUGUGCUCGAAAGUUUUUGUAAAGCACCCCAGGGACCCAGAUAAAGAUGUUGCCAUUGUUUUUAAAAAAGAAAAAGUAUGAUCAUCCUGUGCUUUCAGAUGUCACAGUUUACAUCUUUGUGUUGUAUCACCUCUUCAAACUUCCCAUGUCAUGAGCGCAGUCUCUACAAACAUAUUUCAGCCAUGGUUUAGGUAAACCAAGGCCUCUGUUUGCCUUUGCUGUAAGUAGAGGUUACCCCGGUUCAUCGCCCACGCCUACUGACAGCAUUUCCUGCUGCUUUCCUGGAGAUAUUCUAAAGGCUUAUGAUAAAUGGUUAGACCCAGACAUCCUACACUUAACUCAGAUACACCAGUCACCUCAUGUCCACUUUCAUAACGGCAACAUCAGCAUAUUAAACAUCUUUUUCUCAAUCUCACUUACUGUGAUCAGGUCAGUUUGUCUUUGUAACCAGAAAAAAACUUCAUCAGAUAGAAAACAUACAGCUGUGUGUGUGUGUGUGUGUGCGCGUGUGUGUGUGUGUGUGUGUCUAGUUGCUGACAAUACAACUAACUGGAACUUGCGUUUGUUUUUUUAGCAAAAGAUUUAAUUCACCAGCUGCUGAAGACGGACCCUAACGAGAGAAUGACAAUCACCCAGUUUAUGAAUCACCCGUGGAUAAAUGUAAGAAUACGGCGGGUGUCAAGUACAGUCUCAAACUUUCUGUGUUUCUUUCUGUAGUCUGUGUAUCUUUGUGCUCAUUAUCUUUCUGUGCUUGUAUUUGUGUGCAGCAGUCCAUGGUGGUUCCCCCCACUCCACUCCACACCACCCGGGUUCUGACUGAAGACAGAGAACUGUGGGAGGAUGUGAAGGUAAGAGAAGGAGCAACCCUGACCCCUUGUGGACACCUAUUUAUAUUACAAACUGUCUCUGUUCAGCUGUCAAAUUUUGGGUUGGUACCAUAGACUGUUUAUAGAAUAGACGCCAUCUGCCCCCAUCUGGCUUGGUGAAGCCACCCCGAGAACAGCACCCUCUGCUGAUGGGCUGCAGUAUAGGUCAUAAAACCUGCCACCUCCAGUCAUCCUUAUGGAGCUGUGGACAAACUUUAGAAAUUUAUUACACAGUAUAUAACAUUUUCUCCCCUCUGCUUGCGAUGUUGACAUGUAGUUUGUGCUCAAGUCCUCUUUUUCUGUACUGCUCCGUUUUUUAAAAGUUAUUUGGGGGUUCCUGUUCUCUAUGAUUGACACUUGAAAGAGCCUAUGGGCAUAUGAAGAUUGUGUAGCUCACCUGUAAAUACACUGUUUGAGCCGAGUGUCAUUGCAGCGUCUCUCCUGCACACAAUGCUACUACGCAAGUGGUGGAGUUCGUACAAUGCUACUGCGCAAUGUUGGUUUCAGGAAAUGGAGAAAAAUCGCAGAAUUACAGAGAGCUUUUUGGCUUCAAGGCGGAACCAAGUUGUCCACAGUAUAUACAGUCUAUGGUUACACCUCAAUAAAACUGUGGAGGAUGAGGGGAAAAAGCCUGAUCAACACUCUGCUGGAUUAAAGAUAAGAUAAAAGAUAAACUAUAUGGUAAUUUUAUUUUUUACUAUUUGCCAAAAAGAGGCAGAGAUUUUUCCAUGCAAACAUAUGCCAUAAAAACACAAGGAAACACAUGACAGUUUCCAGGUAACACAGUACACAAAAAGGCAAAUUUUAAACUAAUCAAUACUCUUAAGACUCAACAAAUCCCCACAAAAAAUCAGAUAAGUUAGAGCGACAUUAACAGAGGGAACCAGUCAGUAGUAACAUUUAAAAGUGCCAUGUGCAACAUAAGGCAACAGGAUGACUUUAAAGUUCAUUAUUAAAAGCUUUUUUAAAGUAUAAAACUUUAUGACAGGUAAAGCUGCCUAGCAUGUGUUUUCCUACAUUACCCACAAUGCAACUCAUGAGCAUUUUCAAAGACCUUGUAUGCCUGUUUCUUACCCAGUGUAUAAUAUGUUUGAAUGAUUUUUGAGAUCCUCUUAAAUUUUAAAACCCCAGUCCCUAACAGUGAUCCACUUAACAACAUGUUUGAUCCUGUUCAUCUCUAAUAGUGAAUUUAGAAACCAAACAAGGCUGUCAGAAGGAAAAGGUAACUCUGAAAUUUCAGGCUCCAGUCAGUUUUUUUUUUAAUAUUUCAAAAUUUAGACCCUCUCCAGCAUUACCAUUUUUGUAAACUCUCAACAACCACUAGGGGGAAGCAGAGAUCACAGUCGAGUGUGAUCAAGGUGGUCAGUGCCAUAUUCUGGAGUAGCAUUCAAUACACUCACACACAAACACAGUUAACACAAAGGAGCUCAGCUGCCCCACGCAUUUGUCUUCAACUCUUUCUCUGUAAUUUAAAUAAAGAAAUGUGUCAAAAGAACCAGAAAGCUGUUUGCUCUUCUGAAGUCACUGUGGGGUUAAUUCCUCACACUGUGCUUUCCAGUGUGCUAUCACAGUUUUCCUCCAUGGCUGUGAAUGAAAGUAAAAAGUUCCAGUCAAAAGGCAUGGUCUUUCACAACUCAGAAUGAGCAGGUUUCAGGCGAUAAGGUUUGAAAGGCACUAUUCUCAAAAAUGAUAUGCACAGUGUUGUAUCACUAUUAUUAAGUUCUACAAUCGGCAAUGCCACAUUGCGUAAAAUUUCCAGAUUGCGGUUGUAACCAACCACUUCUCAAGAUGUGCAAAAGGGAGGACAUUAUUUUAAAGGAAGUAUGGCUCACAUUUGAGACAUCUUGUCAUGUACCAUGGUAGGAGGAUUUUGAGCAGUAAUAUGAUCAGCGCUGUCGCCAUAAUCUCCAAUGUAAUGACUCGUAUUUGUUCUAGUUUUUCUUUCACUCAGGCUAGGGUUGAGUUAACCUUUCUCUGACUCUGAAAUGGUUUUUCCAGGAAUGUUUUCUAGCCCAUUAAACCGUUAUUUUUCUUGCUCUACAAGUGUUUUCAGUGAAAUGCUAAAAGUCUUGGCAGGCAGCAGUUUACGCUUCAAGACUGCAACAUGCCUGAAAACUGCUCCCUGUAAUGAAACAGUUGAAUACCUUACCUCUGUUGAAAUCCAACUGUGUUGCUAUUAUUGUGUGUUCUUUUAAUAGAUUCAAAUAUGACAUAUUUUUUAAUGUUUUAAGUGAAUUACAGAGGGACAGGUGUGUUACUGUUUUUGGACAGAACAAGGCUAUUUGUCUCCGCCACUUGUAUCCUUAACGCUAUAAGCUUAAAUAACUUGCAGCACACAAAAGAUGUUUACAUGUAACCUGUCAAUCAAUCUUGUUAUCAAACUCUCAGCAAGUAAAUAUAUAAUUGUAAAACACUGAAGUAUAUUACAUGAAAGAUGUGGCCUACAGUACUCCCCUCUGACCAUCGUAGUCUUAACUUUCAGCUGUCCUUUGUGAACUAACCCACACCUUUAUCUGAUCCUUCUGUCACAGGAAGAGAUGACCAGCGCUUUAGCAACCAUGCGCGUGGACUAUGACCAGGUGAAAAUCAAAGAUCUAGACACUUCUAGCAACCCAUUGCUCAACAAAAGACGCAAGAAGGCGGCUGGAGGGGGCAAGAGUGGAUCCACGGUGUGCCAAAGUCAGUGA